UCUCGCAAUGUGUUGUGCAAAUCUGCCAUCUGCUGGUGUCUGCAUGCUUCAUGAAGCUGUCCUGACAGCAAAUGAGCGGAUCUGAAGCCAUCCUGUAGCUUUGGGAAGGAAAACAAAACAAAACAAGCACAAAAAAAACCCGCAAAACAAUCACAUCUCCACCGCGUGUUGAAGCUCCUCUCUGCAAUUCUGCAUCUCCAGGGAAGAUAGUGACAUCAGGUCCAUGGUAAGCUCCUACAAAAUGCAGGGAAGAGAGUUUUUUCUUGAUUCAACACUGUACUGUCUCUUUUUAAAAAUAAAGAAAAAGAACAACGUAAAACUCCCAAGAUAAUAGGGCGUCUUCAGAAAAUAACUCUCAGAAUGCAUGUUGCUGAAAACCUUGUAAGCGAGUUAAAAAGAAAAUCUGAACAGUGAAAAAGCAAUGUAUAAGUGAGAUUAAUAAGACUCCAGCUGAAAAAUCUAAGACAAGCCAACAAUUUCAGCAUACUUAGAAUGAAAAAUGGAUUCUGCUUACAAUGUAGAAGACAGCAGUAGCCAACAUCAGUUCCAGAUCUCACAAGAGCCAGGGAAGAUGUUCUAUGGAACAUCAUGAGUGGGAUUACAGCUAAGAUCUCCUUGAUGGUAAGCCACAGGUGAAGAGUCCUCCACAAGGAAGAAAGGUGCAGAAGCUACAUGUGAUAGCAAGGCAGUCAGAAUAGUGCCAUUCCAGACUGGAUCAAUGGCCACAGUGCCAAAACAGAGAAAGCAGGACAGGUCUGGAGAUGGUAAACAAGGUCAGGCAAGAGUGAAGCUUUCCAGGCAAGUUCACAGUGAUGAUAGAAUUCUAAAGUUAAAUCCAUGUUUCAGGGUCAGGAUUCAUUGGAGAGUGUACCUGGUCAGGUAUGGGCAGAUGGGCAACGCUGCUCUGUAAGAAAACAGGCAUGAAAGCCCAGCCUAAAAGCAGCAUAAAAGAGGAAGGUGAAGAGCUUCUGCUAGGGCUUCUUAGACAGCUCUCCCUCACAUCACUUUAAAGGAGGAUGGCUGUACUAUCGUUGUUGGCUCUAAGUCCAGGCAGCAUAGCUUUCAGAGGGAGAUAUAAACCCAGGUUCUGAUAGCAUCUGUCAGGAUUCUUAGUGUCUCCUUUAUCACUCAUCAAACACAUGCUUACACAAAAAGGAGAGGAGAUUAUUCCAAAAAAGAGGUGGCAUACCACAGGGAGACUCAGUGGGAAUCAGGCUUCUGGCUGCUAUUAGUGCCUUUGUGAAUCUCCUACAAGAUGACUGCUUUAAGAAAUUUAGUAGUCAAGGAAUUAUAUAAUUUAAAAGGGGAAUGAGGAAAGUGUAAGUGAGAAGACACAGCUCAAGUCCUAUCUGACGUUUAACAGAGCAGAGCGAAGAAUAUAUAAUGGUAAAAUCAUGCUGACACCCUAUGCUUAGGUUUCCUCUACUGGAAAGCAAUAAUGACAGCACUCUAGUGUGCGUUCUCUGAAGGAGAGAGAUACCAAAAGACAGCAGGAAAAGCUAAAUAGCCACUUGCCUAAAGCAGUAAAAAAGUAAGACCGUGGAAAAUACAAAUCCUCUUUACAAUAAUGAUUUGGUAUGCCUAAGCUUUUCAUUGCAGUUUCUCCUCAGGUUCCUCAGUCUGGGCCUAGCAUACCAUUGGAAAAAGCAAAGAUGUGUGCUGGGCAUUUCAAAGUGAGGCUGAGUCCUCCAUCAGAUGAUAGCUGCAUGCAAAAGCAUACCUUAUGUUAUCCCAACAGAGCUGUAUAAAGACAUGACUAAUGUACUGCUUGGACACAUUGUUAAGUCAGAUAUUCACCAGCCACUGACUUCCAUCCAUCUUUAAUUCAGAUUCCUGGACCAGCUUCUUGUACAUGGCCACCUUUCAGGACUUCUGAACUUUGUGACAGGCAAUUAGCUAUAAAGGUGAUAAUAGUGGAGGGAUGGCAUGAUUUAGACAACAAAGACUAUGACUGUUGGCCCCUGGAAAAACCAGAUGAAUAUAACAUGAUGGACUGUGGAGGUCUGGAGAUGGCAUGGGUACAGAAGCCCCCAGAAAUGGCAGUAAGUGGGGAAUUCUUCAAUGUGACCUAUGCAGUCUUUGCUUCAGAUGGCUUUUAUCAGUAUGCAGUACAAAAUGGAAUCCUUUCUCACAGCAAUGCUAGUGCUGCAAAGGAAUUCUGUGAGGAGCAUGAGUGCCCUGCCAGCUGGAAAGAUGCAAAUGGCGAGAACUGCUGUGUCCACCAUGCCAAUAUUCACUCCUGUCCUUUGGCCUUCAUGGGUAAAGGAGGAAUAUGUGGUCCGUGGAUUCCUGAUGAUGGCCAGAUAUUUACUCACACUUUGUCAACAGCUGGAAAAAUGAGCCAAAGAAACUGGACUGCCAAGGUAGUUUUGGUUCAUGUGGGUGUGACUUCUCUCAUUGCACACAUCAGAGUUGGGAGAAUGCAAGUUGCUUUGGAAGCGAAGACCACAGUCCUUCCUGCAGUAGUCUGUGGAGAUGGCUCUUGCGAGGAGGAAGAAAGCUGCUCUAUCUGUCCAGCAGAUUGUGGAGAAUGCCCUCUGUCUGCUUAUGCUAGGAUAGCAAUUGCCUUACCCAUAUGUUUAAUCUGUACUGGCUUCAUUAUGACAGUCAUUUGGUUUCAGUAUCAGAAACAAAAGAUGCUGUGGGAUGAAAGCUGGAUUAUAGAGUUCACCAGCAUCAAACAAGAUCACAUGCUCUGGACAGCAACAGGAAGCAGUAUGAGUGCUCCGCCAGCACCAAGUGAAUCCAAUGCCAGCUGUAUCACUGUUAUGAGCUCCUGCACUGCAGCUGCUAAUGUGUCCAAGAAACAGCACUUCACCCUUACUGGGAGAUAUGAUGGUAGAACAGUGGCCAUAAAAAAAAUAAUGAAGAAGGCAUUCACCCUAUCCAAAUCCAUACGUAAGGAAGUAAAGCAAGUAAGGGAACUUGACCAUCCAAAUCUCUGCAAAUUCAUUGGUGGUUGUAUAGAAAUACCAAAUGUUGCCAUAGUGACUGAGUACUGCCCCAAAGGCAGCCUUCAUGAUGUUCUGCUCAAUGAAGAAAUCCCUUUGAACUGGGGAUUCAGGUUUUCUUUUGCUACUGAUAUUGCCCAAGGAAUGGCCUAUCUUCACCACCACAAAAUGUACCAUGGACGGUUGAAGUCUAAUAACUGUGUAAUAGAUGACCGAUGGGUUUGUAAAAUUGCAGAUUAUGGCUUGCAGUUGUACAGAAAAGAAGAUUCUGCUGAAGGGUACCAGCAGCACUUGAUACAGAUUUACACAGCUCCUGAAAUCCAUUCCCUUUCGGAAUCUGAACCCAAUUCCAUGACAGAUGUAUACAGUUAUGCCAUCAUUUUACUAGAAAUUGCCACAAGAAGUGACCCUAUGCCAAAAGAUGAUUUGCCUUCAUCAGAAUGUUCCUGGUGUCUACCUUUAACAGAAUUAAUUUCAGGAAAGGCAGAGGAUUCCUGUCCAUGUCCCACAGAUUACAUAGAGCUAAUCAGAAAGUGCAGAAAAAAUAAUCCAGUCCAAAGGCCUACAUUUGAACAAAUCAAGAAGACGUUAAACAAGAUGAAUCCUAAUAACGUUAACCCUGUUGACACGAUGAUGACUCUGAUGGAGAAAUACAGCAAACACCUGGAGAUGCUGGUUUCUGAGAGAACCCAGGACUUAAUGCUUGAAAAACAGAAGACUGAUCGUCUGUUGUAUAGUAUGUUGCCAAAGCAAGUAGCAGACGAUCUCAGACAGGGAAAACGUGCACAAGCUCAAAGUUACUUAAGUGCCACCAUCUUUUUCAGUGACAUUGUUGGCUUCACUCAGCUAUCCAGCAGCAGCACACCUUACCAAGUGGUAGAUCUCUUGAACAAGCUUUAUACUACUUUUGAUGAAAUCAUAGAUAACUAUGAUGUCUAUAAGGUGGAGACCAUAGGAGAUGCCUAUAUGGUAGUGUCUGGAGUACCCAAAGAGAAUGGGAUCCUUCACGCUGGUGAGAUUGCAAGCAUGGCUUUAGACCUUGUGAAUGUCUGCAAGACUUUUAGGAUCCCACACAAGCCCAACACCCUCCUAAAGAUAAGAGCUGGAAUACAUUCAGGGGCUGUUGUAGCUGGGGUUGUUGGGACCAAAAUGCCAAGAUAUUGUUUAUUUGGAGAUACUGUGAACACAGCUUCCAGGAUGGAAUCUACCAGUGAAGCUCUUAAAAUACAGUGCAGUUCAAAUGCAUACCAGCUGUUGGAGCAGAUUGGAGACUAUGUGUUAAUAUGUCGUGGGAAUUUACAAGUCAAGGGGAAAGGAGACAUGAUAACUUACUGGCUUGAAGGUAAGCAAGCGUUUGCCACUCAGAAGACAGUCCCCAGCCCAGCUGUGACUCUUCAAGAUCCCAACAGAGCUCCACUUAGUUCGAUACCAGGUGUCCUUCAGAGUGAUCCUGUCUCAAGUCCUGCUUACUAGCCACACGCUGACUCCAAUAUCCAAUCUGCUCUGAGUCUGUUAGUUGAUUCUUCUGAUUCAGGAAGUAAGAAAAUAGAGUGCUCUUUUUGCCUUGUGGAUGUUUCUGUUGCCACUGUUCCACUAAUGACAAGAAAAGUACAAAAAAAAAAAAAAAA